CGCGUCGGUUGUGUUGAUAACUUGAGCGCUAUUUCAAAUAAAUAUUCGCAAGUGCGCGUAAUAAUACGUUAAAAUUGAGUUUGAUUAAAAAGUGGAAAAUUAAUAAUUGAAAUUGAUAUUGAAUUGAAUUGACUGCUUGUGAAAUUGGCAAAACAUCUCAGUCUGUCAGCAGUCGAUGCGUGUGUUCGUGUGAGUGUUUCUGUGUGUGUGUUUCUGUCAAUGUGCGUGAAAAUAUGCACUAAAUACAAAAUCAUAGCGAAAUAGCCAAAACAACAACAACAAUGUCAAAUUAAGCGGCGCGAAAAGCAAUUGAAAAUCAAAUUAUUAUAAAAGAAAUCAAAUCAAAUUGCGGUUGUGUGUGUGUUGGUGUUUAUUUAAAUAUGCAAAAUACAAAGCAAGGCUUAACAGCUGCUGGCUCUGCCGCUGCGACGGCUGCGUUGACGCCGCCGCCAGACUUUGAUUUCCAGUUGCCUUGUCGCUUCUUUAAAAGCUCCUUUGCGCGUUCGCUUUCGCUGAACAACAACAACAGCAGCAGCAACAACAAUAACAGCAGUGGGAAUGGGAGCACAUCUUUAACAUUGGCAAAGAAGAAGCAGCAGCAGAAAGAGGCAGAGUCAGAGGCAGAGACAGAACAAGCGGAGCUGGAGGAACAGCAAUUGCAGUCACCCUGUUUGACGCCGCCGCCAGCGCUGCCCGCGCGACGUUACACGACCAACAACAACAACAAUGUGACACAUUUUAACACAGCGCCGGCUAAUCAGCUGCCACCGCUACAACAACAACAGCAGCAACGGAAUCUGAAUCUUGCCGUCGCUUUUACACUGCAGGAUGCCGCUCCCAACAACAACAACAGCAGCAGCAGCAGCAACAACUGCAACCACAGCUACAACUGCAACUUGGCACAGCAUCAGCCACAGCAGGAACAACAACAACAACUACAACAAAAUGAACAGUCGUUAAAUGUCGAGGCUGUCAUAUUGCAAAAUCAGGUAGACACAUUGCAAUGGCAAUUGAAACAGACGGAAACUAAUUGUGAAAUGUAUCGGGCUGUUAUGGAGGAAGUUGCUCGCUUCUUUGAGCGAUAUCAACAGCAGCAACAGCAACAACAACAACAGCAGAUACAACAACAACAGCAACAACAACAACUGAAUCGACAGCAACAGUUGCAAUUGAAUCGUCACAGUCUGAGUGGAGUUGGAGAACAAAUCUCACGUUCAAAGAGUCUACAUCAUGUGCAGGGAGUGCAGAAUGAUCCCAAUGGAUACACGGAGAAUCCCACUGGCAUCUCGUCCAAUUCUUCCAGCUCUUCGUCCUCGUAUCUGCGUGCUAGAAGCAGCACCAAUUUACUGCUAAAUAAAUCCAUGCUGACGAUGAACGAGGAUCACAACUAUGAGAGCAUUGCUCCAGCUGGCAGCUACAGUGCCUUCAAGGAUUUCACCUGGCGUCGCUCUCCUAAGAAAUUUGGCGGCUGCAAGACGCGUCUUUCUUCGCCGGAAGCAGCCGAGGAGAAGCUGAACCAGGAGGCAUUUCGAUUGGCUCGCACCAUACGCAAUUUGUUGCACACAUCACAGCAGCAACCGGAUCUCACCCAGCCUAGAAAUUCGAUGGCAGGAGGUCAUCAUCAUCAACAUCACCAUCAUCAGUAUAAUCAGCAUAAUCAGCAUAAUCAUCAUCAUCAUCAUCUUCUUCAUAAUAAUCGCCUUUGCAUGACGCAAAAGACGAGCUCCGUGUUGACGUUGCACAAUGCUUCCAUAAUGGAUGCUUCGCCCAAUCUGAUGGCUGUCAACUGCAGCAGCAGCAGCAACAACAACAACAACAGCAGCAGCAGUAACACCACCGCAACUCCCACCACCGUCACCACCACCAACAACAACAACAACAAUACUGCCGAAAUGCUCUUCCUUCGGGCAAACACAAUGCGAGAUUCGCGUCUCUCGCUCCGCAGCUCCACCGACAGCUCAGUGCAUUCCACCAUCUCAUCCUCGUCCUCGUCCAAGAUGGAAACCGAUGAGGAGAUCGCUGGAACUACCACAGGUAACAGCAACAACAAUAAGCAGAGCAAAUCAACUGGCAACAACAACAACAAUGGUUCCAGUACAGAGGAUGAGAGUGGCUUCAGUUCCAUUAGUUCCUUCCAUGACGUCGGUUUGCCACUAAGCUCCACGCUUAUCGGCGAUAACAACAACAACAACAAUAAUCGUCGUCUGUCGCUGUCAACGGAAAGUCGCAACUCGACGUUAAAGUCGGCGGUGAAUGUGGUGGGCGUACCACUCCCACCUCUGCCACCACUUGCACCGCUUGCACCACUGCUAACGGCAAAUCAAUCGAUGAGCUGCCAAUCGCCAUCGCAAUCGCCCGCAAAAACCUAUCGCAAUGCCAAUCGAUAUCAGCGAUUUUCCACGCUUUCCAAUGAGGAUGCAGCCGCUGUGCUUUGGGUUUAGGCCAA